GGAAAAGAAAGAAAAAGACAGACCCUGUAAUAUUCAGUAUAACCUUAACGUCAAAAGCUCCAUAAACUCAAAAACAUUCUCAAAAACCCAAAAAAACAGAACUUCAUUAGUCUCAACUCUUCACUUCGCUCUUUGCUCACACAAGCUUAACAACCAUGGUUCUCGAGGCAACAAUGAUAUGCAUAGAUAAUUCAGAAUGGAUGAGGAACGGUGAUUACAUUCCGUCCCGUUUUCAAGCCCAAUCUGACGCUGUUAAUCUCAUCUGUGGUGCCAAAACCCAGGCUAAUCCAGAGAACACUGUGGGAAUUUUGACAAUGGCGGGAAAAGGGGUUCGUGUAUUGGCCACUCCCACCUCUGAUCUUGGCAAGAUUUUGGCAUGUAUGCAUGGUCUUGAAAUGGGGGGUGAGGCAAACAUAGCUGCUGGAAUCCAGGUGGCUCAGUUGGCUCUUAAGCAUCGCCAAAACAAACAUCAGCAACAGCGGAUUAUAAUUUUUGCAGGAAGUCCUGUCAAAUAUGACAAGAAAGCGUUGGAGACGAUUGGAAAGAAAUUAAAAAAGAACAGUGUAGCUCUUGAUAUCGUUGACUUUGGUGAAGAGGAUGAUGAGAAACCUGAGAAGCUGGAGGCCCUCCUUGCUGCUGUUAAUGCUAAUGACAGCAGUCAUAUAGUUCAUGUUCCUUCCAGUGCAAAUGCUCUCUCUGAUGUGCUUAUCAGUACACCUGUUUUCACUGGAGAUGGGGAAGGAGGAAGUGGCUUUGUGGCUGCUGCUGCGGCUGCUGCUGCUUCUGGUGGUGAUACUGGCUUUGAUUUUGGUGUAGAUCCCAAUAUAGAUCCUGAGUUGGCUCUUGCCCUUAGAGUUUCUUUAGAAGAGGAGAGGGCAAGGCAAGAAGCUGCUGCAAAGAGGGCUGCUGAGGAAACUUCUAGACAAGAAAAAGGAGAGGAACCAUCAUCCAAUGCAGAAGAUGCAACUAUGGAAGAACAUGUGAACGUUACAGCUCCUGAAGAUAUCAAAAAAGUUACUGAAGAAAAGGUCUCUGGAUCUGGUCACUCCGGGGGUGAUGUUGAGAUGUCAGAGGCAAGUGCUGAGGAUCAGGAGCUGGCCUUAGCUCUUCAAAUGUCCAUGCAGGAAGGUACAAGUGAUCAAUCUGUUGUAAGCAAGGUGUUGGAGGAUCAGGCCUUUGUGGCAUCUGUUCUUGCAUCACUUCCAGGAGUUGACCCCAAUGAUCCUUCAGUGAAAGAUCUGAUUGCAUCUCUGCAAAGUCAAUCUGAGGAACAACAAAAGAAGAAUGAAGAUGAACAACCUAAGGAGGACAAGUGAAGAUGCUUCUACAAUACCGCUAAGCAAGAGCUUCAACUUCAGAACCCAAUUCUACGUUUGAAAAUGGAUGAUGCUAUAGUUGCCUUGACAUUGAUGAUCUAUCUUAGAAGCAUUCUGUUCCUUUCCUGUAGGCCUGAUGUAGGCUUCUAUUUCUCUUGGGACUAUGAAGCCUUUGCGUCAUUGAAAUAGAAGUCAAUUGAAUUUUUCUUUUAAAGUCACAAGCUUGUUGCAAUUUCUUUGUUAAUAUUUCUAAACAUUGUAAGCCAUGUGAAUUGUCCACGACUCCAUGCCUUGUUUUAUCUUCUAUGAAAGAGAAGAACAGGGUCUACUGAUACUUUAAACUCCAUGCACUCUAUUGUGACACAAUUAUGACAACAGACUAGUAAUUUUUAUUCA